AUGCCCAAAGGCAGUGCCAUUCCGGAUUUACUCGCUACUAAUGACGACCAGCAUCCCGACACACACGGGUCGCUUGAGCAAAUUGAGACUACUUUCGAGUGGAAUGAGAGACAGACGACGCCCGAUGGUGACGCUCGGCACACUGCUGAUGGCAUGGCUUCGCUCACUGUUGGCAAUAGACGACGCGGUUAUCUUGGAAAUAGCUCAGGCUCCUCCCUUCUGGAGAGAAUAUCGUCCACGCUGCCCGGACGGAUGCCGUCCGAAUGGGAAAUCUCACCUCAUCACGCACCCAGUCCAGCCUUCAAUAUGCAAAGAUUAACCAUGGCACGUGGAAUGAGCAGCUCAACCGUGCGCGAAAGUCUCAUUGAAGCUUACUUUCGGCACUACAACACUUCGUAUCCCAUAAUACAUCAAGACACAUUCCGAAAAGCUUGCAAUAAACGAACAUCCAUAUCCCCCAGUUCUACCUGGCACAUCAUCUACUUUAUGGUGCUGGCCAUUGGAGAGUGGGUCAAUAAUUUCAGCGACGAUACUCUGUCCUUGUAUUACGACGCCGCCCGCUCACGAUUAAACAUGAACAUUCUGGAAGCGGGUACCAUUAGCACCGUUCAAGCGCUGUUGCUUUUGAGUAACUACCUUCAAAAGACCGAUAGGCCUAAUACAGCGUACAAUUUCCUCGGCAUCGCAUAUAGAGUGGCCCUUGGUCUGGGCCUCCAUCGCGAGACAACAAAGGAGCAAACGCCGGAAACAUGUGCGCUUCAGCAACGACGGUUGAUUUUCUGGACGCUCUACAGUUUCGAUAGCGGUUUUAGCUUGACUACCGGCAGACCUAUAAUGGUUGCGGACCAGUUCAUCGACACGAAGAAGCCUCUGAACAUCGACGACUCGGGAUGCAAGCCCACGUCCCCUCUUCCAUCGGAAGUGUCCUAUCCAACUAUUUCGGCAGCCAUGGUCGCCCAAUCGCACCUUGCCGUCAUUGCAAAUAGGAUUCAUAGCACCUUCCAAUCUGUAAAUGGCAUUCCAGAUCUGGAACACGCGACACUAAUCAUGAGUCAAGCUUUGAAAGACUGGAAGGAAGCUUUACCAUGGUACUUUACGGGCUCAGAAGUACCGGACUGGUUUCUCGGACCACGCGCCAUGGUGUUGUGGAAAGCAUCCAAUAUCCAUCUUGUUCUUCUCAUUGCAAGCCAAAAGAGCUUUGCUGAUCCCCAUAGCCGUCGAAAGUACAGCAAGAAGAGUUGCCAGGUUGCAAUGGAAUCCAUCAACGAGGUAUGCGAUUUCUGCGAACUACACAAGAGUCUAUUACAUCAUGGAUUCACUUGGUAUGUGGUGUACUAUCUGCUUCAAUGCCUGCUUGCUAUCGAGGCUCAACGAACGCAUGUCGAAAAAGAUCCAGGGCCAUUGAGAAAAGUUCAGGUGUUACCAAACGCAUUGCCCGAGACAGUUGCACGCGCACACAACUGCUUGCUGGAGUUGAGUCAAAAUAAUAAACCAGCUGCUCGCGUUUGCCAAUUACUCGAUCAUCUAAGUAAGAGAAGAUGCUCGGGUCAACAAGACGUGGUCGACAGCUCCAAUGGCAGCCUCAACGCCAGUCAGGCAACGGAAAAUAAUCUCCUAUUCGACUCGGCUCAGCAAACCAGUGUGAGUGAGCUGGGUAAUUACCUGCCAGACUCAUCCAUGACUAUGUCCAACGACUCACCUCAGUCUCCUUUUGGAAGCAAUAUAACCGGAAGAACGUGGAUGAUGGCUGCAGAUCCGUCACUGCACAUGUUCAUGGAUGGCUCGAACGACUUGGGUGAUAUAUUCGACGAUCUAGGCGGAUUUCCAAGCGCCAAUGAUGGCGAUAACUUCUCCUACUAUUUGGGUGGACACCAAUUUUAG